AUGGUUAUAUGCAGCUUCCAAGGACAUGUGCAGCAAGGCUUAGUUCUAGAACUAGGAGAAACUGUUCAGAUCUUGGAAAAAUGUGAAGGUUGGUACAGAGGAAUUUCAAUAAAGAGACCUAACAUAAAGGGAAUCUUUCCUGUAAAUUACAUUCAUUUGAAAAAGGCACUUGUCAGUAACAGAGGGCAGUAUGAAACAGUUGUUCCACUUGAAGAUUCUGUUAUUACUGAAGUUACAGCAACUCUCCAGGAAUGGGCUAUCCUCUGGAAGCAGUUAUAUGUGAAACAUAAGAUAGAUCUGUUCUACAAGCUACGCCAUGUGAUGAAUGAACUGAUUGAUCUUCGCAGACAAUUACUUUCUGGUCAUUUGACCCAGGAUCAAGUUCGAGAAGUCAAGAGACAUCUCACUGUACGAUUGGACUGGGGAAAUGAGCAUUUGGGCUUGGAUCUUGUCCCACGGAAGGAGUUUGAGAUUGUUGAUUCUGAUCAGAUCAGUGUGUCUGAUCUAUACAAAAUGCAUUUAUCCAGUAGGCACAGUGUGCAACAAAGCAUAUCACAGGUGGAUACAAUAAGGCCACGUCAUGGAGAAGCAUGCCGUCUGCCAGUACCUCACCAUUUCUUUCUCAGUUUGAAGAGUUUCACAUACAAUACCAUUGGAGAGGAUGCAGAUGUGUUCUUUUUUUUAUAUGAUGUUCGAGAAGGGAAGCAGAUCAGUGAAAGAUUUCUGGUAAGGUUGAACAAGAAUGGGGGGGCCAAGAAUCCAGAGAAGAUUGAUCGGAUGUGUACACUUUUUACAGACCUUGGCAGCAAAGAUAUGAAGAAAGAUUUGUACAUAGUUGCCCAUGUAAUCCGAAUAGGACGUAUGUUGCUAAAUGACUCAAGAAAGGGUCCACCUCACCUCUAUUACCGUCGUCCAUACGGCUGUGCUGUAUUGAGUGUCUUAGAUGUAAUUCCAUCAAUUUCUGAACUCAAAGAAGAAAAGGAUUUUGUUCUCAAAGUUUACACGUGCAACAAUGAGAAUGAAUGGCAUCAGAUCCAUGAAAAUAUAAUUCGCAAAUCGAGCACCAAAUAUACAGCACCCAGUUCAAAUUAUGGACUUAUAAUUUCUCUUCAAAUUUUCCGUGGAGAAAUGGAACAAAUUCGAAGAGAAUAUCCUAUUAUCUUUAACAGAGGGGUGUCUAUUACAAGAAAAAUAGGGUUCCCAGACGUAAUCGUGCCUGGUGAUAUACGAAAUGAUUUGUACCUGACUUUAGAGAAAGGAGACUUUGAGAGAGGUGGAAAAAGUGUUCAAAAGAACAUAGAAGUAGCUAUGUACGUUCUCUAUGCAGACGGAGAAAUUCUAAAGGACUGUAUUAGCUUAGGCUCAGGAGAAUCAAAUAGAAGUAUGUAUCAUUCGUUUGUUCUCUAUCAUAAUAAUAGCCCUCGCUGGGGAGAGGUCAUCAAACUCCCAAUUCCCAUUGACAGAUUCCGUGGAUCUCACCUCCGUUUUGAAUUCAGACACUGUUCCACAAAAGAUAAAGGAGAAAAGAAGCUCUUUGGCUUUGCGUUUACACCAUUAAUGAGAGACGAUGGCACUACCCUAUCUGAUGAUAUUCAUGAGCUUUAUGUUUAUAAGUGUGAUGAAAACAGCACUUUCAAUAACCAUGCACUUUACUUGGGUCUUCCAUGCUGCAAAGAAGAUUAUAAUGGUUGUCCCAACAUCCCUUCAAGCUUGAUAUUUCAGCGCAGCACCAAAGAGUUUUUUUCAAUCUCCACUCAGCUAUCUUCUACCAAACUUACCCAGAAUGUGGACCUGCUUGCUCUUCUGAAAUGGAAAGCAUAUCCAGAUCGUGUAAUGGAUAUUUUAGGAAGGCUGCGCCAAGUCAGCGGUGAAGAAAUUGUUAAGUUCUUGCAGGACAUUCUGGAUACAUUGUUUGUGAUUCUGGAUGAUAAUACAGAAAAAUACGGACUUCUGGUCUUUCAAUCUUUGGUUUUUAUUAUAAAUCUCUUGCGUGAUAGCAAAUAUUUUCAUUUUCGACCUGUAAUGGACACUUAUAUUCAGAAGCACUUUGCAGGAGCUUUGGCAUAUAAAGAACUCAUCCGUUGUUUGAAAUGGUAUAUGGAUCGAUCAGCUGAACUAGUACGACAGGAUCAUAUUCAAGAAGCAAUGCGGGCGUUGGAAUAUCUUUUCAAGUUUAUUAUUCAGUCUCGGAUCCUUUACUCCAGAGCUACUUGUGGAAUGGAGGAGGAACAAUUUAGAAUCAGCAUCCAAGAACUUUUCCAGUCCAUCAGAUUUGUACUCAGCUUGGACAGCAGAAGCUCUGAGACUCUCAUCUUUACACAGGCUGCUCUAUUGAAUUCUUUCCCUGCCAUUUUUGACGAGCUAUUGCAGAUGUUCACAGUACAAGAAGUAGCAGAGUUUGUGAGAGGAACUCUUGGGAGCAUGCCCAGUACAGUGCAUAUUGGACAAUCUAUGGAUGUGGUUAAAUUGCAAUCUAUAGCUCGUACAGUGGACAGUCGCUUAUUUUCUUUCUCAGAAUCUCGGCGAAUCUUAUUACCUGUGGUCCUUCAUCAUAUUCAUCUUCAUCUGAGACAACAAAAAGAGUUGCUUAUCUGCUCUGGAAUUCUUAGCAGUAUCUUCUCUAUCAUCAAAACUAGCUCCGUGGAGACAGAUGUAAUUGAGGAGGUAGAAAUGAUGGUGGAGAGCCUCCUGGAUGUACUAUUACAAACUCUUCUGACUAUUAUGAGUAAAUCACAAUCUCAGGAGGCGGUAAGAGGGCAGCGUUGUCCACAAUGCACAGCUGAAAUCACUGGGGAAUAUGUAUCCUGUCUUUUGUCUCUACUUCGUCAGAUGUCAGACACUCAUUUUCAACAUCUUCUGGAAAAUUUCCAGAGUAAAGAUGAGCUAAAGGAAUUUCUUCUAAAGAUUUUCUGUGUGUUUCGAAAUCUGAUGAAGAUGAGUGUCUUUCCUCGAGAUUGGAUGGUGAUGAGAUUACUCACCAGCAACGUGAUAGUUACAACCGUACAGUAUCUGUCUGCAGCACUACAUAAGAAUUUCACGGAAACGGAUUUUGAUUUUAAGGCCUGGAACUCUUAUUUCAGCUUGUCAGUUUUAUUUAUCAACCAGCCCAGCCUCCAGAUAGAAACAUUUACUCCAGCUAAGCAGAAAAAGAUUCUGGAUAAAUAUGGUGAUAUGCGUGUGAUGAUGGCAUAUGAGCUUUUUAGCAUGUGGCAGAAUCUGGGGGAACAUAAAAUUCACUUUAUUCCUGGAAUGAUCGGUCCUUUUCUGGGUGUCACACUUGUGCCACAGCUAGAGGUUCGCAACAUUAUGAUCCCCAUUUUUCAUGACAUGAUGGACUGGGAACAGCGAAAAAAUGGCAACUUUAAACAGGUGGAGGCAGAAUUGAUUGAUAAGCUAGACAGUUUGGUAUCAGAGGGGAAAGGAGAUGAAAAUUACAGGGAACUCUUCAGUCUGCUAACCCAGCUGUUUGGGCCUUAUCCCAGCCUGCUAGAAAAGAUAGAACAAGAAACUUGGAGGGAGACAGGGGUUUCGUUUGUUACAUCAGUUACUCGUUUGAUGGAGCGCCUCCUUGACUACAGAGAUUGUAUGAAAGGAGAUGAAACAGAGAACAAGAAAAUUGGUUGCACUGUUAACUUGAUGAAUUUUUAUAAAUCUGAAAUCAAUAAGGAAGAAAUGUAUAUCCGCUAUAUACACAAGUUAUGUGACAUGCAUCUGCAGGCUGAAAAUUACACAGAAGCUGCUUUUACAUUACUUUUAUAUUGCGAGCUACUACAAUGGGAGGAUAGGCCUCUUCGGGAAUUCCUCCACUAUCCAUCUCAGACAGAGUGGCAACGUAAAGAAAAUCUUUGUCGGAAGAUUAUUCAUUAUUUUAAUAAAGGCAAGAGCUGGGAAUUUGGAAUCCCAUUAUGCAGAGACCUGGCUACUCAGUAUGAAACAUUAUAUGAUUAUCAAAGUCUCAGCUGGAUUCGAAAAAUGGAAGCUAACUAUUAUGACAAUAUAAUGGAACAACAACGGUUGGAACCUGAAUUUUUCAGAGUUGGCUUUUAUGGAAGAAAAUUUCCUUUCUUCCUUCGUAAUAAAGAGUAUGUUUGUCGAGGCCAUGACUACGAGAGAUUAGAGACCUUCCAACAAAGAAUGCUUAGUGAAUUUCCACAAGCCAUUGCAAUGCAACAUCCAAAUCACCCAGAUGAUAGCAUAUUGCAGUGUGAUGCCCAGUAUUUGCAAAUCUAUGCAGUGACUCCAAUUCCAGACAAUAUUGAUGUACUACAUAUGGAUCGUGUCCCUGAUCGCAUAAAGAGCUUUUAUCGUGUUAACAACAUCAAGAAAUUCCGCUAUGACAGGCCUUUUCACAAGGGCCCCAAAGACAAGGAAAAUGAAUUUAAGAGCUUGUGGAUUGAACGUACCACUCUAACCCUAACUCACAGUUUACCUGGAAUCUCUCGGUGGUUUGAAGUGGAAAGACGAGAACUGAUUGAAGUAAGCCCAUUAGAAAAUGCUAUUCAAGUAGUGGAGAACAAAAAUCAGGAGCUAAGGACACUAAUAAGCCAGUACCAACACAAACAGAUGCAUGGGAACAUCAAUCUACUCAGUAUGUGCCUGAAUGGAGUUAUUGAUGCUGCUGUGAAUGGUGGCAUAGCACGAUAUCAGGAGGCCUUUUUUGAUAGGGAUUAUAUCUCCUCUCAUCCUGGAGAUGCAGAAAAAAUCACACAGUUGAAAGAACUGAUGCAUGAACAGGUACAUAUCCUAGGAAUAGGUCUGGCAGUACAUGAGAAGUUUGUACAUCCUGAAAUGCGUCCACUCCAUAAGAAAUUAAUUGACCAAUUUCAAAUGAUGCGAUCUAGUUUGUACCAUGAAUUACCCACUCUGGAAAAAUUGAGUCCAGCCUGCUCAGGAACAAGCACACCUCGCAGCAAUAUGCUUGUAUCACACAGUCCAAUGAGUCCAGAGAACAUCAAAGUAAUGCAUCGCCACAGCCCAUUGAAUAUGCUGGGUACAGUCCGACACUCAUCAUCUUCCCUUUCUUCCCAUACAUCAAGUGAAACAGGAAAUAUGGUUAUGUUAACAGACAGUUCUGUUGGAGAAAAUGCAGAGGAUGUGUACCAUAUGCAGGCCAGUCCUUCCACUUCAAGCCUUAGCUCUACCCAUUCUGCGCCAUCUCAAAUGAUCAACUCUGCACCUGCUAGUGCAAGAGUGCUGAAGGGUGCUGAAUUGACAACUCUGGAGGCUGAAGCCCUCUAUUUAUCCACAGAACAGAUACAGCCUGGGCGGCAGCAGUGCAAGCUUUCCCACACUGCCCCCACCAAUGUGCCUCAUCUCUGUCCUGGAGGGACCACCUCUAGAGGCUCUCCCUCUCUACCAGAUAAAUACCGUCAUCAUCGAGAAUUAAUGAUGCUACUACCAGCACACCGAGAUCGGCCUAGCAGUGCUAUGUAUCCUGCAGCUAUCAUGGAAAAUGGACAGCAUCCAAAUUUCCAGAGAGCCCUAUUCCAGCAGGUAAUUGGACCAUGCAAACCCUGCAGUGAUCCUAAUCUAUCUGUUGCUGAAAAAGCUGUUUCAGCAGCACCGAGCAGCUGGAGUCUGGACAGCGGAACCAGAGAGGCCCUGCCAUUCCUGUCUGCUCAUGUUGGGAGCAUCCUGGUCCCACCAGUGCCUCCCCGAAGCCUGACCCAUGGCCACUAUUUACUACACUUUGAUGCCUUCCACCAUCAUCUUAAUGAUGUUCCCCCAGCGCUGCCUGCACGAACAUUGCGCAAGUCUCCUCUUCACCCGAUACCUGCAUCUCCCACAAGUCCCCAGUCUGGCCUGGAUGGAAGCAAUUCCACUCUUUCUGGUAGCGCUAGCAGUGGCGUUUCCUCACUAAGUGAAAGUAAUUUUGGCCAUUCAUCUGAGCCCCCUCCUCGAACAGACACCAUGGAUUCUGUCCCGAGCCAGACGUGGAACACUGAUGAAGACUUAGAGACGCCCUAUCUCCCUGUCAGGUACAGUCUCUCAGAACCUGAUGUUUUAGAAACUCUCAAAACCCAGCCAUGCCGAAGCCACUCUGCUCCAUCUGGAGUAAUUCCUCAGGACACUAUGGACCCUCCAGCUCUACCCCCUAAACCAUAUCAUUCCCGUCACCCAAACGAAGAGGGAAUGAUUCUGGAAGAGGACGAAAAAUAUCGAGCACUGCAUCGCAAAAUUGCCCAGCCGGCUACUGGUGCAAAAGAGGAGCAAGCAAGGGUGGCAUGGGAGCAUGGCAUCAGCGAGCAGUAGGCAAAAUUGUCAAGAGUAUAGUUUGUAUGAUCAUUCCAGGUUUUAGAACCAGAACAGUAUGUGAAAAAGCAGAGAAGUUGAUUAUUUUUCUUCUGCUCUGUGAGAUUGACUGGAAUCAGAGACUGAGCCAGCAUGUAAAAAACUGCUGCUUUCCUUUUUAUUUAAUUUUAUACUUUUCAGGUUUUUAGUGGUUUGGGAUUUGUUCUUUUUCCCCACACUGGAUGCUACAUUCCUUCUACAA